AGAAUAUUUGGGGUUAUAUUGUCAUGUUUCUUAUCUGUCAAAAUGUUGAAAAGUUGUUGAUAAAUAAUAUUAUUUUCAAUUUUUGUUAUUUUGUGAUGGAAAGUUUUUGAGAAAUACAGUUUUGAACCUUUUCAUAUUAUGUUACCAUAUGAAAUAUAAUAGUCUGAGGAAUAGUUAAACAAUGUCUACAACUAAUGAUAUGAAAUCAUUAAGGUUGAAAGUCCAUCAAAAGACUUUCAGUGAGGAAGACCUGAUCAUAAAUCAAAAAGAUUAUCCGGAGGCCAAGAAAAAUGACAUUGUUGAAAUAUACCAUCCAUACACGGAGGAGGACAACCAGAAAAACAAAAGUAAAUCAGAGCCUGAAGAAGAUUAUCCCAGGCUGUUGCUUCAAAUCAAAGCGUUUUCUGAUGAUGUUUUGCAAACACAGACCAUCAGCGUGGAACAGAGCAUUGUAACUGCUUUUGGAUUACAAACCUUCAAAAAUGUGAUCGUUAAUAUUGUUAAUCCAGCGGACGUCGCCUUGGAUUCGAUAGAACUAACUUUCAAAGACCAAUACAUGGGGCGAUCAGAGAUGUGGAGGUUGAAAAAUAGUUUGGUCAAUACUUGUGCUUACAUGAACAAAAAAAUAGAGUUUUGUGGAGGGGCCGUGAGAUGCCAAGUUUACGAAAUGUGGGCCCAAGGCGAUAGAGUAGCCUGUGGUGUAAUCACCGAUGACACCAAAGUAGUCUUUCGUUCGUCUACCUCAAUGGUUUACCUAUUUCUGCAGAUGUCCUCAGAAAUGUGGGACUUUGACAUUUAUGGUGACUUGUAUUUCGAGAAGGCUGUCAAUGGCUUUUUGGCAGAUUUAUUCAUGAAAUGGAAGAAGAACGGUAGCAAUCAUGAAGUGACUAUUGUUCUCUUCUCCAGAACUUUUUACGAAGCUACCAACUUGGAAGAAUUUCCUUUACACAUGAGAGAGUGUUUGCAGAAAGAUUACAAGGGAAGGUACUAUGAAGAUUUCUACAGGUGAGAACUGGCGGGGGUAAAUGAUUAUUGGAAAAAACAAGUCUUUAUUGAAACAGG